AAUACGACAUGUGCGAGCGUUUACUCUGGUCUUUCCAACUAUUCCUCUUAUCAUGCGCAUCGCCAGUAAAUGGAUGAAGAUCUCAUCUUGGGGCUGGGAUGACACUACGAUCAUGAUCGCAUAUGCUUUUCUUACGGUUUUCACUCCACUAGGCUUUAUUUCUGAAAAGGCUGGCGCCGGAAAAGACAUCUGGACUUUGAGACCUGAGCAAAUAACCGAUGUUCUUUUGAUAUUUUACAUCCUGAGUAUAUGCUACAUGUCUUGCCUCGCGGCUAUUAAGGCUUCAAUCCUCUUUCUAUAUCUCCGCAUCUUUCCGGAUGCAAGGUUUAGAAGGAUCCUAUGGUCUACUCAACUUGUUAACCUUAUGGGUUACAUCACGUUUGUUACCACCACAGUUUUCUCCUGUCAGCCGAUAAGCUACUUUUGGACCGGAUGGACAAGAGAAACGGAAGGCAGAUGCAUUAGCCUAAAUUCCUUUUCUGAAGCACAUGGCGGAUUCAAUGUCAUACUGGAUGUCUGGAUCCUGCUAUUACCGCUAUCACAAAUCUAUAACCUUAACAUGAAACUCAAAAAGAAGUUGAGCGUCAUGCUCGUAUUUGGCAUUGGAAUGUUGUUCACGGCAGUCAGCAUUUAUCGUCUCUACGUGCUCGAGGACUUUGCGAAGUCCUACAAUGUUACAGCCGGCUCGUUCCAGACUUCAAUCUGGUCUACCAUCGAGCUCGACGUAGGAAUCUUUGUAGCCUGUCUCCCAAGUACCCGUGGGGUCUGGAGAAGUCUGUGCCCAAAAGUCCUCCAAAUGGCGCGAAUAAUAUCGGAAUCGGACAGAUCAGCGGCUAAUGACACCAAGAAUUCAGGACAGAUUCCAAUAAUAAGUUCCAGAAGCCACGGACGGCGCGUUGUAUCCAACGAGGAAUCAUCAUUAUCCGAGUUGGUAGGAGAGGAUUCGAACAAGAUUCCUAUGCGCGAUCUGAUUCAGUCGAACAAUAUUAUCACAACGCCACCUCAGACUUCUAAAUUGCCAAAGAAUCCGAUCAGACAGACAGUGGUGGAUCGUAUCAGGCAGUUCAGUUCGCAGCUGAGAUUAGAGCCGAAUGCGCACGGGGACGGGCAACCGAAGGUAUAGCGGUAAACAUUGGCUUCUAGAGAAUUCAAGAACCCCACGGCCGUUUUCGCCGCGGUCGGACACUUGGUUAAGCUUGAGAUGACUGGCGCCUAAUAUCGAUCGAUAUCUGCCAUGAUGAUA